UCAGUCAAACGGAUGAGAAAAGUUAUAGAGCUUCUCAACUCUAGCCAGCUGUUCUUUCCACCACUUCUGUGCACCGAGGACGCCACAAUGUUUCAGCUGAUGUCGUUUGUUCAUCAUCGGCUGUACACAGCUGCAGAGGACAUCCUGGUAGAGGUGGAGAAAACCAUAACGUUAGCUUUGAACAAAGCAGAGCCCAACUAUCAGCGUCAGAAACUGGACUUUCUGCGUCAGAUAUCAGCGCCAGAACCUCCACUGACUGGAGAGGAAGUGCUGCAGGAGACCUCAACCCAUCCCUCGAUACGAGAAGAGUCCAACCUGAGCACAGCUGAUGUCCCAGUCCGCUCUCAACCGGGUGCAGAUACAGACCAUGAUUGGAACUACUGCUUAGCUCUGACAAACUUUAAGAUGUCCAAAAUAAAAGAGGAGGAUGAAGAAAUUGGGGAUGACAGUCAAAUACAGGAGGUUAUUUUUCAUUUUCCUGAAGAUGUGAAAAGUGAGCCGGAGACACAAGUGUCUUAUGAAUUACAGCCAAUUUCUUCAGACUUCUCUGCAGCUCAGAGUGACGGCAAUGGCAGUAAUGAAGAGUGGGAGCAGAGCAAAGGAGUACGGACAAAGAAGAAGAGAAGAAAAGCAAAGAUUUUGCAAAGACACAAUGAAAAUGGCAGUCAAAGUCAAAAGGAGCACAGAGUUUGUCCUAUAUGUGAAAAGGAUUUCCAGUACAUCCGUCCCUUCAUGAAGCACAUUAGAAAACACACGAUGACAAGGCCAAAUGUUCAAGAUAGUCAUGUUCACAAUAUCGGAUCCAAACAUGCACAGAUCACAUUCAAUAGUUUCAACAAUCUAGUGAAUAUCUAAAGCAUAAUGCAACCAGUUUGUGUCUAAGGUAUGAUUAGCUCAUACCUGUGAACCCUCCCGUUUUCCCGGGAUUAUCCCGUAUUUUUAACCUUUCAAAAAAACAAAAAAAGGCCUAAUUAAUAAAAGAGUAAAGUGGCCUCCGAUAGAGCAGGUGGUAGUAUUAUGUUUAACU